AUGUCUAGUCAUCGCCUCGCCACUCCUGUAGCAGCCCCUGCGGCGGCAGUCAAGAUCCAACAUCAAGGGAGCGACGGCGCCCACAAAGAUAAAGACAAAAAGAUGCAGAGGGCUUACGCCCUCUCCCGAUUAUUCAGCUUUUACGAUGAAAGCGUUCCUGAUACCGCGACAGGUACGGAAAGUGACGACUCCAACGACAACAACAACAAGGAUAACAACUUCCAGUCUUGCAUGUUAUUCUUUGUGACUUCCGUGUUGUUCUUCGUCGCUUGUGUGUUGUUCGUCGUGACUUGGGUCGCCAUCAUCAUUGCCAGAUCGAUCAUGGGACCAGACGCAGAAUUGUUGCCCGAAUUUGCGAUGCGCGCCAUCCGUCAAGUAAACACUACUGUCGGAAUGUACAUCUAG